AUGACAGUCGUCGUGUCUCUCCCGGCAGCUAACGCGCCAGAGAAGCGCGUUGGGCAGCCCGCGGCGGAGCAGGAGGAGUUCCCAGGUUCCGCGGACAUGCUGGCCGCCAUCAUGCGCAGUGCGCAGUGCGACGCGGCCACUGCCACGGAGAUGUUGAGAGCUUUUCAUAGGGAGAAGGCCGAGGGCGACAGGAUCCAGAAAAUGGGGGGACGGAAGGGAGACAAGAGCAUCAGGACGUCGCCCGACUUCUUCGAGUGGAUGGAGGCCCGCCGCGUCAAGGUCAUGAUGGGGUCCGGCAGUGACUGCCACGGCGACUACUACUCGUGCCUCGCCGACGACGCGGCACAGAACCCCCGCAAGCGCGAGGCCGCCGUGCUCCUCUCGGCGGCGGAGGAGCAGCUGGAGAGCGGCCAGGCCGACGAGGCCCUGGCGUCUGCCAAGCAGGCGGGGGAGAUCUACGCGGGGCUCGGCGACACGGCCGGGGAGGCGGACGCGGCCCGCAUGGCGGUGCACGCCUACAGGCUGCAGGCGGAGCUGGCCAGGUGGAACCCGAUCGAGUACGGGGGAGAGGACCUGGCGCUGAUGAGCACGAAAAAGGCGCGGGAGCUGGCCGGGCCGAAGCUGCAGUCGUGCAGGGAGCAGGGUGACCGGCGGGGCGCGGCCAUGAUGCUGCUCUGCCUGGCCGAGGUGGACGUGGACGCGGCCAAAUGCCCGUCGGCCAUCCCCGAGGCCGCCCUGCAGGGUGCCACAGAUGCGUGCGCGCUGCUCCGAGAGGUGCAGGACCGCAGGAUGGAGGCGGCGGCGCUGCUGACGCUGUCCCGCAUCCAGGGCCGCUAG